ACGAAUCAAAGAACACCACAAAACCCAAAAGAAAAGGUCUGAAUUCUGAAGCAGAGCCUCUUAGACAUUUCUCUCUCAGAAGACGACAUAAGAAAUGUCUGGGGAGCAUGCAAAAGAGAAUGCUUUGGAUGCUGAAGUGAGAGCCCAUUCUUUGGACAAUGAAAGUUUUGGUGGUCCUAAUGAAAAUGUGGGUGAGAAUCUGGUUUUUGAUGACACAAAAAGAGCCCGAGCUUUUGCAUUAUGGGUCUGUGCUGAAGAUGUGCCACUUCGGGCCAUUGAAGUUCCCAGCUUUCUUGAUCUUGUUCAUACACUGAACCCACUUGCCAAUCCUCUCAAUGUCAAAAUGGUUAAAGCUGAGUGCUUGAAAAUCUUCAAGGAAGAGAAAGUGAAAAUUAAACAAGUUUUAGCUGAUUUCAAUGGUCAAAUCAGCCUCUCAGUUGAUGUGUUGAAUACUCCAGUGUGUGAUGAGUAUAUGUGCUUAACAGCACAUUUUGUUGAGGAUGGUUGGGAAGUGAAAAAGUGGGUUCUUAGUUUUUUCCGUGUUUGGGGGGAGGAAGAUUAUGCUUCCAAGGUGCUUUUGAAGUGUCUUUCGGACUGGAAAAUUGAGAACAAGAUAUUCACGAUCACUAUGAAAAAUGGUAAUGAUUAUGAUGCUACAGUCAAGAUACUUAAAGAUCGUGUACAAGAAAAGAAAAAGUUCCAGCUCAAUGGUCGGCUAUUUCAUGUGUAUUGUUGUGCUGACAUGUUAAGUGUGAUUGUUCGGGAUGCAUUGGCUGAGAUAGCAGACAUCAUUGAUGAAGUGCUUGAUUUUGCGGUUUGUGCGAAACCAAGCCCAUUUUGGCAUCUAACAUAUGUGGGGCUAAAAGAGGCUUCAGAGUUAUAUUCCAUGGGAGAAUUUUUUGGAGAUGAGUAUCAUGGGAUACAACUACCACCUGCUGAUGUAUGGCAUAAAGCUGAGGCUUUUGUUAAACUUCUAGGAAGCAUUUAUAAUGUGGCAAAAAAAUUGUUUGAAGCAAAAUAUCCUACAGCUAACAAUUAUCUUCAUAAUCUUCAAGAGCUUCGAGCAAGUUUAAUUCAUGAAUCGAUGAGCACAGAUAGGUUCAUCAAACCUAUAGCUGAGAAAAUGUUUCAGAAGUUUGAUAAGUACUGGAAUGAUAUGUUUUUGCUAUUGGCACUUACUACGCUGUUGGAUCCUCGUUUUAAGAAGAAAUAUUUUGAAUUUUCUUCUUUAAAAUAUGAGGACAGUGAUGGCAAAUUUCGGGUCGCUGCUGUUUUGGAUGCCUUGCAGACCCUUUACGAUGAAUAUGCAAACACUAUUGAUGAAGAUGAGAAGCCUAUGAGUAAAUCUUCAGCUUCUUUUGAGUGUGAAGGUAGUGAUGGUCCUUGUCCUAAAAUCAGACGUGUUGAGGAAGGCUGUGGGAGUUCUAAAGAUGGUUUUGAUUGGGUGCAGGAAUACAAACAAUUCAUUCAACCUAAAGGUCAGCACCCAAAGUCAGAACUGGAUUUUUAUUUGGAAGAACCUGUCCUACCAUGGAUUGAGGAUUUUGACAUUAUUAGUUGGUGGAGAGCCUCGAGCUCAAAAUAUCCAAUCCUCUCUAGGGUGGCUCGUGACCUAUUGGCAAUCCCCAUUUCAAUUGUCACUUCGUAUGAUGCGUAUCAUACAACAGCAAGGCAGAUUGAUUGGACUCUUAUGUCCUCGGGGCGUGAUAUUAUGGGAGCGUUGAUGUGUACUCGGAGUUGGAAUCAAAGCAACUCAUAUGAAGAUGAAGAUGAAGAUGAAGAUUAAAAGGGUAUGAAAAGCAUAAAUCUUUCUAUUCUUUUUGUUCUAUUUAACCUGUGAAGGCAAUGCCACAGAACUAUUGGAAAAGGCAGCAACUGUCUUGAUUUUGCAUUUUAGCAUUACCAGAGAUCUUGAACAGAUGCUUUAUUUUCUUCACUUGUUGGUUAGGUUGCAUGAAUCAAAUCACCUAUGAUGUCUGUGACUUUUGAUUGCAUUGCCAUUAUACCAUAUAGCUUUUGAAUGUCUUUUGGUUAGUUAUUUUGAAACUUGGUUUAUGAUUGUGGUCUCUUAUAACGGUUGUGUAAUGAACCUAGUCAAAUCCCUUUAUGUAUAUUUG